UUUAAUUUCGUUAAGAAAAGUAUAUAUAAAUAUGUCAAUGACUGGUUUCGUCACUUUAACCUAAUGUACAACUUUUGACGUUUCAAUAAAUUGCCGUCGUUAACCCCCACAACCAAAACAAUGGCGGGUUCUGCGCUAAGACGAUUAAUGGCAGAGUACAAACAGUUAACCUUAAAUCCACCCGAAGGCAUUAUCGCUGGCCCAAUAAAUGAGGAGAAUUUUUUCGAAUGGGAAGCUUUAAUCACUGGACCAGAAGGAACAUGUUUUGAAGGUGGUGUAUUUCCAGCAAAGCUGAUAUUUCCCCCAGAUUACCCAUUAAGUCCACCAAAGAUGCAAUUCACUUGUGAGAUGUUUCAUCCGAAUAUUUAUACAGAUGGAAGAGUAUGUAUAAGUAUAUUACAUGCACCUGGUGAUGACCCCAUGGGCUAUGAAAGUAGUGCAGAAAGAUGGAGUCCAGUUCAAAGUGUAGAAAAAAUAUUGUUAAGUGUGGUAAGUAUGUUAGCAGAGCCAAAUGAUGAAAGUGGAGCAAAUGUUGAUGCUGCUAAGAUGUGGAGAGAAGAUCGCUUAGAAUUUGAAAGAAUCGCUCAAAAACUAGUUAGGAAAACUCUUGGUAUUCCACCUUAA